UUACCCACUGGAACUGACAGUCGCCCCGAGACACUUGCUUGGAUUGCUUUCAUCUAGAUUGUCAUCUAUAUACACAUUACCGUUUGAUCGAAAUGAGGACUCUACUGCUGCUCGCUCUGUUCGCGGUCGCUGCAUGGGCUGCUCCGGACACGAGUGACCUGAUCUCCCAGGAAUCCAAUGUGGAAUACAACGGCAAAUAUCACUAUCACUAUGAACUCGCCGAUGGCUCCAAGGCGACACAGGAUGGGCUCCUAAAGACGGUGAAUGCCGAGCACGAUGGCGAGGCGGUCCAUGGCAAGUACUCGUUUGUGUCCGACGAUGGCCAGACCUAUGUGGUGUCCUACACCGCGGACGAGAAUGGAUAUCAUGCGGUGGGUGAUCAUCUGCCCACACCGCCACCCACGCCCCUGUCUGUUCUGAAGACUCUGGAGUACCUCAAGCUGCACCCCUACAAUCCCCCAGAGAAGCAGAACUGAGGAUCCGACCAGGACACAGCACAAAUGUGAUUAGAACCAAAAAAAAAACUGAGAACAAUUAAACAAUACAAUGAUCAACCCAA